UUGACCUCUGGCCUCAAUUUUGACCUUUUUUAAUUCAAUUCCUUGUUACUGAAUUGCAAAAAUAAAGGCAAAAGCUUUUGGUCGAUGGCCGGGAAGCCCCAUUAUCUAAUUCGAAACCGAAAGUGUUUCUGAACAUCUAGAUGAAAAAAUCUGACAUGCGCUACGACGUCGACAGAAAAGACUACAUUUAGUCAAUAAUUUUUGGCUCUCUUUACAAAAAUAAACACGAGGUUAAACGCUGGAAAAUGGAAUUGAAGAUGCAACAUGCUAAAGCUCUUCUCCUGGAUCUGUCUAUAAGCUGUGUACUGCAUUACAGCACAAAUGUAUUUCUCAAGCAGGAGAGCAAUGUGCCUCUCUUGUUUCUUAUUUGGAUUACAGCUGCUGUGAAGUGGAUAUGUCUCAGGUGUUUUUUGAUCAACAGCUGGAGCGAGACAACCGUGCGUAACUGCGUCGCUGUCUCGUGCCUGAUGUGCCCAGUGUAUGAAAGCGGACUGACGUUCUUCAUGAACGCGCAGCCGGAAAAUUGGAGCGGGUGUUUGCCUUGCCCAGGUAAAACUAUCAUUGCUACAGCAGCAGCGCUUAUCGCUUGUUUAUUUUGGGAAGCCAGUUUUUCGGACACGAAAAGCAACAAUGAGAGUGCAGAAUGCGCGGAGACGAAACAGCGAAACCGGGCGCACUUCAUGCGAGUGGUGCGUUAUUCGAAGCCCGAUGUGCUCUUACUGACUGGAGCGUUUGUGUUUCUUUCGCUUGCUGUUAUCUGUGACAUGUUUAUCCCGUUUUACACGGGUAAGGUAAUAGACAUCCUGGGUGAACACUACCAACCCAACAGCUUGAUGUCAGCAAUCUUUCUCAUGGGUCUCCUCUCAAUGGGCAGUUCGUUGUCCUCUGGGUUGCGUGGAGGUCUCUUCAUGUGCACUUUAUCCAGACUAAACAAGAGAGUUCGUCUCAUGCUUUUUCACGCUUUGGUCAAACAGGAGAUUGGAUUUUUUGAGGAUAAAAAGACAGGGGACUUGACAUCACGUUUGUCCACUGACACCAGGCUAAUGAGUCAAUCAGUGGCGAUGAAUGUGAACAUCCUCCUGCGCAGCUUGAUCAAGAGUGUGGGCGUCCUGUAUCUGAUGGUCAGCCUGUCAUGGAAACUCACCCUGCUUACUUUCAUCGAAGCUCCACUGAUUGCCAUUACACAAAAGAUUUACAACACACACUAUGAG